GAGAAAGAGAGAGGAGGGAUCCGGAGGGGAAGAAGAGACGCAGGGAAGCAAGAAGAGAGAGAAUCACACUCGCCCAGCAGCAUCCACAGGCCAGACUGGGGACAGUGCUGCUUCCACCGCUCCUCGGAUGGUGACGGGGCCUCGCCGCGGACGCAGUCCCCCCGAGCCCCGGCUCUGCAGGCCCUCACUGCCGGAGCCCCGCAGGAAUCAUGCCCAGGUCCUUCCUGGUUAAGAAGGUCAAACUUGACACAUUCUCUUCGGCAGACCUCGACAGCUCCUACGGGCGCGCCCGCAGCGAUCUCGGAGUGCGACUGCAGGAUAAAGGAUACCUCAGUGACUACGUGGGGCCUGCGUCUGUCUACGAUGGCGACGCUGAGGCGGCGUUACUCAAAGGGCCAUCCCCGGAGCCUAUGUAUGCUGCGGCUGUGCGCGGAGAGCUGGGUCCCGCGGCCUCUGGCUCAGCACCGCCGCCCACCCCUCGCCCAGAGCUGGCUACUGCUGCUGGCGGCUACAUCAACGGCGACGCGGCGGUCAGCGAAGGCUACGCGGCUGACGCCUUCUUCAUCACUGAUGGGCGCUCACGCCGUAAGGCUGCUAAUGCCAACGCUGCCGCGGCCCCCUCCACAGCCUCGGUGGCGGCCCCCGACAGCGACAGUGGAGGUGGGGGCGGGCCGGGCACGCGAGGCUCUGGAUCAGGGUCCGCUAGUCGGGGUGGCACGCGCGUGGGGGCGGGCACCGAGGCGCGUGCGGGGCCAGGAGCCACGGGCGCUGGUGGCCGGCACGCGUGCGGCGAGUGCGGCAAAACUUACGCCACGUCGUCGAACCUGAGCCGCCACAAGCAAACGCACCGCAGCUUGGACAGCCAGCUGGCAAGGCGUUGCCCAACGUGUGGCAAGGUGUACGUGUCCAUGCCGGCCAUGGCUAUGCACCUGCUCACGCACGAUCUGCGCCACAAGUGCGGCGUGUGCGGCAAAGCCUUCUCGCGGCCCUGGCUGCUGCAGGGCCAUAUGCGCUCUCACACGGGCGAGAAACCCUUCGGCUGUGCGCACUGCGGCAAGGCCUUCGCAGACCGCUCCAACCUGCGCGCACACAUGCAGACGCACUCCGCCUUCAAGCACUUCCAGUGCAAGCGCUGCAAGAAGAGCUUCGCGCUCAAGUCUUAUCUCAACAAGCACUACGAGUCAGCCUGCUUCAAGGGCGGCGCCGGUGGCCCCGCAACCCCUGCGCCGCCGCAGCUCAGCCCGGUUCAAGCCUAGGGCAGCGGGGCCUCCGCCAGCCAGGUCGGCUCUCAGCAAUACGGGCCCCCCAGGGAAGUCUCCGCUGGCGUCAGGGCGGAGGGGCUGGAGGGCGGGCCCCUCCUCACAGCAAUAGGGGUAGGGAGCCGGCCCCACCCUGCCCCGCUCGCCAGGAGCCUUGCCAGCCCCUUCAAGCAAUAGGGUCCCGAGGGGAGACCCACCCCGAAACCCCUCCCCUCUCCUCCAGGGUGCCCCAGGCUUUCUCCCAGCAAUAGGGUCUACCAGACCCAGAACCGAACCUCAUCUCUUAGUUGGGUCUCUGAAGACAGGGGUGAGGUGAGGUAAGGAGCGCCCUCCUCCCUCCUCUGCGCCCCUGGAUCGCGUUGCAGAGACUCAGGUCUUCCCCACCCCUUCCCAAGCCUUCCAGGCCAAGCCUUCAGCCCGGCGUCCAGGGAGUCAGCUCCACCCGGGCAGCUGGCCGGAGGAGGAGCAGGAGAGCAGGCGGGCCACAGAGGCGUUCUGUUCCACAGGCUUUGCAGACCUCCCGGGAGUGCUAGACGAUUUGGGGAUGGGGAGGGGCGCGGACGGCGGCAACCCUCUCCCUCGGGUUCUUUCUGGGGCCUCAGUCCGAGCCUCCCUCCUACCCUCGCCUCGCAUCCUCUGCCAAAUCCGAAUUCUUCCAGCCCGGCUUCCGGGGCUCUGUCCUCCAUAACGAAUAAUAAUGACGCAUAUCGGAAUCGCAUGAACUUAUCCGACCUACUCAGACCCCGAUCCCACCCUGCCCCGGGGCCCCCUCCCUCGCUCCCCAGGCUUCGGGUGUUGGAGGACGGAUACCCGGGCCGGCAGGCUGGCGUGCCACUGCCCUCUACACACCUCUGUACUUGCUUUGCGGGUAAAGCCCCCUGGGGGGGUUGCGGA